AUGCCUUAUGACCGGUAUUUGGCCAUAUGUUAUCCUCUGCACUACACCACUAUCAUGAACUUCCAUUUGUCUAGCAAGCUAGCAGCUGGCUCUUGGCUAAGUGGAUUUAUCAUUAUUUCCAUACCAGCUUUUCUGAUCUCAAGGUUGACCUUUUGUGGACCCAAUGUGAUUAAUCUCUUCUAUUGCAACGUUGAUUCCUGGAUAGUUCUGGCCUGCAGCAGCACCUAUAAUGUUGAAAUGGCAGCCUUUGUCAUAUCCAUCUUUGUUAUAUUGGGAUCCUGUGUGACAACUUUACUUCCAUAUAUUUUUAUAAUCUCUACUAUCCUACACAUCCCUUCAGCCAAAGGACAGCAAAACGCGUUUUCUACGUGUUCCUCCCAUCUUGCUGUUGUCAUCAUUUGGUAUGGUUCCACUAUUUUUCUUUUUGUUAAGCCUCUAAAUGGAGCUCUUUGGAAAUGA